GGAGGGCUGGGCCGGGCGGCGGGGCCGGAGCGUUGCCAUCGUGCCCUCGCUCGCCGGUCCGACUGCGGCGGUGUGGGCCCGAAGCGGCUGGGGCAGGUGCGGGGCUCGGGGCGCUGCGGGAGGCCGGGACCCGCGCGGGGGACACGGAGGAGUGCCUACUGAAAGGCAAGAAGGGGUUAAUCAAGAAUGGCAGAAAGUAUUACCUAGCAUAAACUCUGAAGCCUGUCUGAUUUCUGGAUAAUGUCUUCUUAUCCACGUGAAAUUUGUUUAUCUCCAUGUGUAGGUUUUUGUAGCUGAAGGAAAAUGAUGGAAGAGAGUGGAAUAGAGGCAACUCCACCUGGUACACCCCCACCAAGCACAGCAGGAUCUACUGCUGCCUCUGCUACGCCUGUCUCAUUAGCUUUAUCCAGUCCCCUUGCUACACCAAGCAUGUCGUCUCCAGCAUACUCACCACCUUUGCCAGCUGCAGUGGCACCACUUCCUCCUCCUGUAAUGACUUCAGCUACACCUUCGUUCGUGCCUUCUGCGGCAGUUUCUACUAUUGCACCACCUCUGGCUCCUGCCCCAGCUCCUGUUACCUCUUCAGCUUUUAGUACCUCUCUGCCCCAGUUCUCUGCACCUCCUCCCUUAAGCUCUACAACUGGUUCUGGUCUUUCUGUACCUCCCACUGGUCCACCCAUUUCAGGAUUUUCUCUGUCUUCGACCUAUGACAUUACCAGAGGUCACGCUGGUCGAGCGCCACAGAGCCCACUAAUGCCAUCAUAUUCUGCACCUCCAGUCACAGGUGUUUUGGCAGAUCCUAUUACUCAACAAGCACCUUUCUCAUCACCCUUGGCUUCUGGAACGGGAAGUGGUUCUUCAAUCACUUUUCCUGAGGAGCAUGAAGACCCCAGAGUGUCUGCUGCCCAGAGUGGAGCACCUACUGGAGGCCUGUGGGGGUUUAUAAAGGGUGUAGCUGAGAAUCCCAUGGUAAAGUCUGUUCUUGAUAAAACCAAACAUUCAGUGGAGUCUAUGAUCACAACACUGGAUCCUGGCAUGGUUCCAUAUAUCAAAACUGGUGGAGAACUGGACAUAGUGGUUACUUCUAAUAAAGAAGUAAAAGUUGCAGCAAUUAGAGAUGCCUUUCAAGAAGUCUUUGGGAUGGCUGUUGUUACUGGAGAGGCUGCGCAGUCUAACAUCGCACCCCAACCUGUGGGCUAUGCUGCAGGUUUAAAAGGAGCCCAAGAAAGGAUAGACAGCUUGCGUCGGACAGGAGUAAUACAUGAAAAACAGCCUGCUGUGUCAGUGGAAAGCUUCAUUGAGGAACUGCUUCCUGACAAGUGGUUUGACAUUGGAUGUCUGAUUAUUGAGGACCCGGUUCAUGGAAUUCAUCUGGAAGCUUUUACCCAAGCAACACCAGUUCCUCUACAAUAUGUCCAGCAGGCUAAGAGUCUCACGCCUCAGGACUACAAUCUGAGAUGGUCAGGCCUGUUGGUGACAGUGGGUGAAGUGAUUGAGAAGAAUCUACUGAACAUCAGCAGGACUGACUGGCACGCGGUGUUCACUGGCAUGUCCCGCCGGCAGAUGAUCUACAGCACAGCCAAGGCUCUGGCAGGGAUGUACAAACAACAUUUGCCACCUCGGACCGUUUGAAAGAGGAUUGAUCUAUGACAAUAAAGAAUACUGGUUUUAAUUCUAGAAUUGUAAAAGUUAUGUAUUCUGAUUCUACGUGGGGAUACAGCACAGAUUUAUAAUCUGCUUGUAAACUGUAUUUUACUUUUUAAGAAGUGAAGGUAGCUUCCAGUAGUGGAAAUGAGUGAUUCCAAUUUUUAAUAACUGUGAUUUCCAAUAAGAUUCAUAAAAGAGGAAAUCAGAACAAACAUAUUUAUAACUAGGAUAAUAGCAUUACAGUUUAUAAAGUGGAAUGUGCUAUUACUUGACACCUUAAAAGGCAUUUGCUGCGAUGUUUAAUAUUUUAGUUACUCGGUAACUUUUUUUUAAAGAUGGGGAUUGUUGUUUAGCUACUUUUCUUAUGUUAGUAAUAUAAACAUGUUGACAGCAUAAUAUGUAUGUUGUAUGUGCAUUUCAGUGUAGAGAGGCAACUUCUGUACUAGAUGUUUCCUUAAGGCCUGUGCUUAAGUGGUACUUCACACCAUGGGGGUUUGUUAUAAGUAAGUUCUCAGGACUGAAGCCGAGUAGUUCUAAUAACAUGUAACAGUAAAUUGCUGAAGAAGAGCACAAAUCCAUGCCCAGGUAGUUGAAGUCUGGACUAAUGAAUUUUUGAAAUAUAAUUUUCCAAACUGCAUCUUCUUUUUUUUCUUUUCCCCUUGUUCUCUUUUUUUCUUUUAUGUGUAGCUUUUCUGUAGCAGAGAUGCGGUUCACCUCUGGUUGGAACACUAGACAGAUUUAUCAUUGCUUCCUUCCAUGGCUUUUAGAUCAGAUACUGUAUACACAUGAAAUUAUUUCAGCAUUGCAUUUCAACAACAUAAUUUGCUACACUAUUUCCAAACCUCAAGUUUUAUAUCUAAUUAUUUUGUUUCAUCUAUUAAGUUGCGGUUGUCAACAAUUUGAUCUGGAAAGUGGUGGGAUGUAUAUCACUUGCUUUGCUAUCCUGCAUUUUCUAUACAUUUGUAAGUCUUAGAUGCAUUCUUGAUGUCAUGGGCUGUGUUUUUUAUAAAAGUUUCUGGUCUUGUCUGAUUUUUUUCAUGGCUAUGAAUAUCUUAUAUCCAUGCUAACACAAUCUGAAAUCUUUAUUCAGAAAUAUGGAAGUAAUUGUGAAGAAAAUAUUUUGUUAAUAACACUUUUUUUAAGAAGCAAAGAAUAAAUAAAUACUUUGUUUGCCUUAAA